GUGUUUUUUCCUGUGUUUUAAUCAGAGCCCGAACACUCACAGUGUAUCUGCUCUGUUUAUUAUUAUUAUUAUUUAUUUUUGUUAUUUAUUGUGGAGGAGUAUAAGCUUACACUGAGAAUGACUUCAGCUGUUAGGAGAGUGUUUCACAUCACAGCGUUCAGCUGGUAUGCGUUCAUUGUUAAGUAUCUCACCGAUAAGGAUGGAGAGGAGUUGCCAGAAGGUAUCUUUGUUUAUGGAGGACCUUGGAAGUAUCUCACUUUUUUGAAUUUGUUAGUGCAAAUGGCAUUCUUUGGACUGGCGGCAGUGAAUGAUCUCCAACCUGGGAAAGAGGGGAAGAGUAUUCUGAGCAAGUUUAAAGACCUUCUCUUCUCGGUCUUUGCCUUCCCUGUGGGCACGUUUGUUGUUCUACUUUUCUGGGCAAUCUUUGCCUAUGACAGAGAGUUAGUCUACCCAGCUGCCAUCGACACCUUCUUCCCUCCAUGGAUGAACCACGCUAUGCACACAUUUGUCCUUCCUGUCUUACUUGGAGAAGUGCUGGUUCAGCCUCACGCCUACCCACAGACUAAGCAUGCACUGGGAGCAUUAGGAAUUGUGGGCUUGGCUUACUUAUUUUGGAUUAUAUGGGUGUACAUAUCAGUGGGGAUCUGGGUGUAUCCUCUUCUCGGGCUCUUCAGUACUGCUGGUCUGGUGGGCUUCUUCUUUCUUAACAUGUCUGUGGUGACCUUGCUCUAUCUGCUCGGGGACAAGCUCAACAGCUGUGUCUGGGGCAGGGAUACGAACAAAAGCACAGCAGAAACAAAGUGAUUGAACCUUUCUGCCACACUGAAAUGUUCACAUGGUUAUUCUUUGAAGUCAGACUCUGCAGUCCGUUCAUUCUUUCUCUUAUGAAUAACAGAAAUAAAACACACCCGU